AUGACUGGCUUCGACCUCUGGGAGGAGUUCUUGCAAUCGUACUGGAACCCGAGCGCGGGCUACAUGACCGUUAACACCGGCGGCGGGCGGUCCGGCAAGGACGCCAACACCGUCCUCACCUCCAUCCACACCUUCGACCCAGAGGCGGGCUGCGACGCCACGACCUUCCAGCCGUGCUCGGACAAGGCGCUGUGGAACCUGAAGGUCUACGUCGACUCGUGCCGCUCCAUCUACACCGUUAACAGCGGGAUCGCGUCCAACGCCGCCGUUGCGACCGGCCGGUACCCCGAGGACAGCUACUACAACGGCAACCCGUGGUACCUCGCCGUGUCUGCUGUCGCCGAGCAGCUGUACGACGCGCUUAUCGUGUGCGGGCACCUACCCCUCUUCGUCGGCAACGUACACCACGCUGGCCAGCGCGAUCGGAGCUCGGGCUCGCCGCUGAGCGCCGCGCACCUCACGUGGAGCUACACCACGGCACUCACGUCGUUCGCCCCUUUCGAGCGGAGCGGCUGCCCACGUUGCAUCGACUUUGCGAAGCUCACCCCAGACACACUCUCGACCAUGCAGCAGAACAACAGUUACUGCAGGAGCCUUUGGAUCCAGCUGCAGGAUGGGACCUACGACCUCGCUAAGACCUCGUUCCCGCAACUGAGGCUACAGCUAGGGCGUCCCGUUAGCCACGAUAUCUGGUUGAUGCUGGCACUGUUCAACAACCACAACAUCACGAAACGCGUCUGGCCUUCACUUCAUUUUCACUGCGCAAUCGGUACCGUCACGCUCCUCGCGAACGCGGCAGCGGGGUACAAGUACAUCCGCACGAAGGGCGGCAACGUGACGUGA